AUGACCGAUGCUCUCACACUGAGCCGUUUUGCCCUUGAGCGGGCGGGCAUACCGCCGGAUCGCAUAGUCGUCUUCGCUCAGUCUAUCGGCGCUGCUGUUGCUAUGUUACUGUGUCACCAGCUCGCACUGGGUUCACCACCAACACUGUUUGCUGACAUGGUGCUUGCGGCGCCCUUCGCAGACGUUGAGCUAUUGACUUGGGCGCAGAGGGGUGUCAACAAGUUCAUCGUCAACAAGUGGGCGUCGAAAGGCACUCUUGCUUCGUUUAACCGGCAUUGUGACGUUGGUCCGAAGUCGAGGGCGACAUCUACCCGCAGCAGAUACGACAUCACUCUCAUCCAUGCAGAGGAUGACUACGAUAUCCCGUGGGUGCACUCUGACGUCCUCUUCUAG